AUGACUCCUCAAUCCUGUCUUUUCAAGCCCCUCAAGAUAGGCGACAUGGACGUCCAACAUCGCAUCGGGAUGGCUCCACUCACUCGCUGCCGUGCAAGUCAUGAACGAGUACCGACGCCAUUGAUGAAGGAGUACUACGCUCAACGGUGUGCAGUUCCCGGAACCCUGAUCAUCUCCGAGGGAACCUUCGUGUCUCCAAAUUGUGGUGGCUUCCCUUCCGCACCGGGAAUUUGGCGUGAAGAUCAAGUCGCCGCUUGGAAAACAAUCACUGAUGAAGUCCACAGCCGUGGAUGCUUCAUAUUCUGCCAGGUUUUCGCAAUGGGUCGUGCUGCGGAUAUUGAAGUAGCCCGCAAAGAAGGCAUCGAAAUCGUAGCACCUAGUGCUAUCCCGAUUGAAGAAGGCGCUGCAGUACCCCGUGCUAUGACCAUUGAUGAGAUCCAACAAAUGAUUCGAGACUUCGUGGAGGCUUCGAAGAAUGCUAUUCGCGCGGGCUUUGACGGCGUCGAAAUCCAUGGUGCCAAUGGGUAUCUCCUGGAUCAAUUCAUUCAAGAUGUCAGCAACAAACGCCACGAUGAAUAUGGAGGCAGUGUGGAGAACAGAACCCGUAUCCUCGACGAAAUUAUCAAGGCUGUCGUCGGUGCUAUUGGUCUCAAGCGUGUUGGGCUUCGCCUGAGCCCUUGGAGUACAUUCCAAGGUAUGAGGAUGGAUGAUCCGAUUCCGCAAUUUAGGGACGUCAUCAAGAAAGCGAGUCAGUCGGAUAUCGCAUACCUUCAUCUCGUGGAGUCUCGGACAUCCGGCGCUAUGGACUCUGAUGCCCACGAUUCACUGGAUUUUGCAUAUGAUCUCUGGAAUGGUCCUCUUCUUGUUGCUGGUGGCUAUACACCUCUAGAGGCACAAAAGCUUGUGGAUGAGAGUUAUCCAGAAAAGGACAUUAUCGUCAUCUUUGGGCGAUUGUUCAUCUCAAAUCCGGACCUCAUUUUCAGGGUGAAGGAGGGCCUGAAGCUGAGUCCGUAUAAUAGGGAAACUUUCUAUGUCAUGCAGUCAGCGGUGGGCUAUGUGGAUUAUCCCUUGAGUAAGGAGUACCUGUUUAAUGGACAGGAAGUGGCUCACUGA